GCAGACAGAUCCGUUACCGUGCGACAGCCUUCAGGACCGCUGUGGGCGCAGCUCCUCCGCGGAGGUUUGGCUGGGGUUUGAACCUCCGCCCGCCCCUUUCCUCCGGCGCGCCGCUCCCCCGCAGCAGCAGCGGGACAGUCGGACUCCUCCAGCCGCCCGUCGGACCCCUCAAGCAGACGCUGGAGUCAUAAUUAAGGCGGAUUCCGUCGUUUUUGUGUGUUUAUGGUCCCCGAGAAAUCUGGGCGGACCAGGGGGGCCUCGCAGGCAGGAUCGGCCCAGAGACCGGCACCCCACCGAGGACGAUGGGGGAGACGAAGGAUUAGGGGAUAAUCCGGGGGUAAAUCCACUUCCUGCUUUUGAUCUUCAAGCCAGUGGAUAGCUCCAUGGUGGGACCACAGAACCAUCUGCAGCUGGACCUAUUUCUGAUCUGAUGUUGACAAACCCUGGAGCGAGCCAGGCGGCGUGACCGCACUCCAUCAGGACCGACUGCAUCCUGGAUCGCAUCGGCACAGAGUUCUCCUCCAUUUGUGUCUGUUUCCUUUGGCAGGACAUGCACAUGGCGCAGCUACAGCGAGCGGGUCGGAGUUUGGCCCGUCCCACACAAAAGGAGGAUUUCUGAGGGAACUGUUUGGCCCCGGAGUUACACUCUUCCUCACGUUGUUGCUACCUUGGAAAGACAUUUGGAAGCUGUUCUCUGCGCUGGGAUUGCUGCCGUGCUGCAGCUUGUAGUUUGUUUUUGUGGAAUUAAAGGCGUUUCUGGGCAGCGGUUCCGGCUCCCGGGGUCAUGAAUCUUCAGGAAAAGCUGUCCGGCCUCCGAGGCCUGGUCUCCCACAGCCGGCGCCGUGUCAAAGGCGACCUCACGGUGGACAUGAUCAGCCCUCCUCUGGGCGACUUCCGCCACACCAUGCACGUGGGCCGCGGCGGCGACGUGUUCGGCGACACAUCCUUCUUGAGCAACCACGGAGGGACGGCCAACGGGAACGGCGGCGACACCGACUCGGUUUCUUCCCCCGACAGCAAGAUCGGAGCGUUCUUCUCCAGGACGCUCCGGCAAAUCCGGAGGGGAUCCGACAAUCGACCCCGAGAUGCAUCCAGUGACUUCUCCCCUCCGCCCCCCGCCGUUUCCCCCAUCAUCAAGAACGCCAUCUCUCUGCCCCGGCUGGAUGUGGACAUGCCCAAUGGGAGUCCCAUCACCAAAGUGCUCUUCCCCAGUUGUCAAAGCACGCCGGACGAGAAGAAAAGCUCCUACGGUGACUACGGUCUGGAGUCCGGUUUUGUCACUUUGCCCCGCCUCUCCCGCUCUGAGCGCCAGCAGCCACCCGUCUCCGUUCCCUCCGCCUCUGAUGUUCGGCGCAGCUCGCUGAGCGACCAGACGGAUGCCGUGGCAUCCUGUGGCUCCGCCUCCACGGUGGCCUGCGAAGCCACGCGCUCCACCGCCUUCUCCGAAUCUCUGACCUCGCUCACCUCGCUGGACGCCUUCACCUUUGACCUCGGGCCCUCUCUCAUGAGCGAGGUGUUCAGCCUGAUCGACGGCCGUCAGGAGGAGGGCGGCCGCAUGUGGGACGGGGAGGAGGCGGGUUCGACCUUCAGGCUGGCUGGCGAAGGGUCAGAGGGCGGUUCUGCUACCAUCUCGUAUGUGGAUUCGCUGCUGCGGGAGGACUGUGGAACCAGGAAAAGUCCAGGUUUGGUUGAGGAGGAGGAGGAGGAGGAAGAGGAGCGCGGCAGAGUUGGGCUUUCGGGUAAAGUUCCAGACGUUCUCAUGGGAUCUCCUGACCGAGUCGGGAUCAGGAUGGGGAGCGAGCGGUUCCAGAGCGCCACAGAUGUUCUGGCUCGCCACUAUGGAGUCAGACUGGGCCAGGAUGGAGUCCCACAGAACCGGGCCAAGAACAAAACCUUCUACAGUUUCAUGGACGAUGAAGAGGAAAUAAAAGUCUGAGAAAACCCAAAAUACUGAACGUAAACUUUCCAUGUUAGUCCAAUCGUAAAUAUUCAGCUUUUAAUCCAUGAAAACACCGACAUGAAUCCAGUUUGCUUUCAUGCUGGGCUCUUCUUUUCAACCUCCAAGGAUGUACAGUCUGGAAUACUAACCUGCUGCUAAACCAGGACUUUGAACUUCAACCAGAACCGAUCCGGUUGGAGACGGAGGGAUGUGCCAAAGAGAAAAGUCCGGUCAUUUGAGAUUUGUGCACACUUCCUCUCACAAACGCUCUGCAGCGGCAACACGGAGCAGAAGUGGGACUGUUGUCGGUUUCGCUCAGGAAUUUACCACCAGGGGGCAAAAAGGGAAGUGAGCUGCAGGAGGAGACACAGGAGGGGGUUGGACUGUUUGUUCUGAAGCUGCAGAUCUCCUAUAAGCGCACCUUUUUUAUGAUAAACUCCUGUAUUUUAGAGGAAGCGUUAACCUCAUAUACAGUCCAUGAAGAUCUUUACCGACGUUCUGUAAACAUGUAGCAGCAGCACGAUCCUCAUCCAGGCGCUGCCGUCGCUGAUCUGAAACAAUAAACUGACAAUAAAGACGCUUUUAUUCGGGUUUCUAUUCA